AUGGCUCCUCUUUGUGCCUUCGUGGCUCUUCUAUCCUUCUUCAGUGCUGCCAGCGCUCAACUUGAUUCGUCGGAUUACGAUGACUAUGAGUCUUCUUCUACUUCUACUUCCGCUUUCUGGACCCUCACAACUCGCUAUGCCGCUUUUGCGACCACGUCUGUGUACACAAGAGGAAAUGGAGCGACUACUACAUACACAUUCACAGACGAACUGCGGACCAUCAAGUCUUCCGUCACCCCGACUGCCACGCCGACGUCGACCUUGAGAUCCGACCGGGGUUAUGGUGGCUUGGAGGUUGUUUACCAGUACUAUGGUCAGGAGGCCGUUGCGGCGACCGAUCUCGAGCCGGAAUAUGGCGAUGCAGGCUACUCCUCGACCACACGCUCGUCGGUGACAACAACUGUCUCGUACAGGAUGCCAGUGACAAUGACUGCGCCUGCAAGCUGCCCGACCCAAUUCACUGUCUCUACGACUGCAUCCGUUACAGUACCUUCGCUGGUUCAAGACCAAAUCAAGCCAACUUCUACUGUCGACGGCUCCACCACAACAUACGGAAGUACUACCUAUAUCGAACAGACAUGGUACCUUAGCGCCAAUGCUGCACCUUUCACUUCUUCCAGUGACUACUAUUACCGAUACUACAUCCGUUCCUGUAGCACACCACCUGGCGCUCGCAGUACUUCAAGCUACUACUACGGCGGCGGUGGCAGUUCGGGAGGCAGUAAUGACGACGAUAGCAACAGCAGCAGCUCUCGAUACAGCUGUUACCGAUACUCGUACUACUGUGGCACACCUCUACGGACAUGGAUCAUCGUCAUCGCUUCUGUCAUCCCCGGUCUCUUCCUCCUUGGAUUCCUCGAAUCUUGGUUCUGGUUCCGCCGCCUCAUGAUCGGCAAGAGCGCAAUGCGAUUUGGUACCGUUUGCUGGAUCUUGAUCUCGCUCUUGGUGCUAUGCUUCACAAGGAUGCAAGAUGCGCGUAGCAAGGAAGACCAGAAGAUUCUGCAAGAGAAGUGGAAGAAUAUGGGUUCUGGCGCGGCUUUCAAGGCAUGGUGGAAGUGGGGGUUCAGGCACAAAUACCCCGUCGAGCACCUCGGACAGUUCUCCAAGCUGACCGUUGGCGUCGUCCCAGAAGGUCAGCCUAUCCACCCGGCUAUGGCUCAAACGCCUCCUGGCUUCAUGCCUGGUCCUCCACCGGGUGCUCCGGGUGCGCCAGGUCAGGUCUACUACUAUGGACCUCCUCCACCUGGAUGGGUGCCCACGCCUGAUGGCCAGGGUUUCAUGCCACCGCAAGGAUAUAUGUACGCUCCUCCACAACAAGCGGGAUACUAUGGCAGCAACGUGUCGAAGGAAGGAACCGCUGUUUCUACAUCUCCUGUAUCACAACAUCCUGCCAUGGCACAACAGCCUCAGGGCCAAGCUGUCUCGCCCCUCAGUACUUCGCCGGCACCACCUCAAGCACCACAACCCGUGUAUAACGCACAUAGCGCGGCCCCCAUACCUGCGCCCAGCCCUCCGCCGCAGGGACCAGUACCUGCUGCUCCUGCUCCGCAAGCAUCGUCGAAUGUCAGUGAAGCACCAGCGAACCCUGCACCAAGGGAUGCGAGCGCACCACAAUUACCUCCUCUUAAGAACGACCAGAACGACCGUAGUCUCUACGAGUAA